AUGGCCAAGUCUCUGUCGCAAGACGCGAAUGCGCCAAAAAUCGAGGCCAAGAAUGCAAUUGUAUCUCCGUCGACCCACGACCUAGUCUACUUCGUGGAUGGCUCCGCAUUGCCUCGUCUAGAGACAUCUGCCGCAGCCGUCGUACACAUGAAUACUACCAAAAGAGGAACGUUUCGGUGGGAGACGACCUCCUUUCUUGUUCGUCAACAUGAGGCUGUCUGCGUAGAUGAAGCCGAGUUGUCAGCCAUGGCCGGCGCCUUGGUCAUGGCCGUGUUAAAAGUCAAGGGCCAGCAUCAGAUGCGCAAGAAACGCGUGGAUGCCAUCCACCGAGUCCUGAUAUUCAGCGAUUCGCAAGCAGCUCUGCGCCAAGUUCAGCAUUGGCAGCAUCACGCCCCUUGCCGCAAGGAGCUUGCGAACUGUGCCAUCGCUCGCAGGAUUGUAGUGAACUCUCGGAUUCUCGCGCAGCUCCAUGUGCAGGUCACUUUCCACUGGGUCCCCGGCCACGCUCGUGUCAUGGGAAACAUGCGGGCAGACGCUGCCGCGCGACGCAUGGCCAAGGGAAGAAACAGUAUGGCGUCUGGUUGUUUCUUUGAAGACCACUACGCACGCGCUCUGAAGUCGAGUUCGAAGAACGAUGACAUGGUAAGCGCAGCACAGCCAGGGGCAACCACAGCGAGUAUCGCAAAGAGCAGGAUCUCCAUGGCGUUCGAUCCGAUCCAGCAAUGCUAUGUCUUCUGCACCGCAACAGUGGGAGAAGGGUUUCGUAGGGAAGCUAGUUCUACUAAUUGA